AUGUUAGAGAAGUUUCUGCGACUGGCUCGUGGACGGGUGGUGCCUGGAUACAGCCCGCAGCAUGUGCCUGCAAAGUUUGACAAUGUAGUAAUAGCGAUGUCUGGGGGAGUUGACUCGAGUGUUGCAGCUGCAUUGUUUGCCCAUUAUCCGAAGGCCACAGGUGUGUAUAUGCAGAAUUGGUCCGAAUCGCAGGCACUGGAAUCUAUUGCAGAGGAGCCCUGCUAUGAGAAGGACUGGAAGGACGUUGCGAAGCUCGGUGACUUUUUAGGCGUGCCCGUCGAGAAGGUAAACUUCGAGAGUGACUACUGGAUAGAUGUCUUUGAGCCCAUGUUACAGGAAUACGACCAAGGCAGGACACCCAACCCUGAUAUUGGGUGUAACAAGUUCGUCAAAUUUGGGAAGUUGAAGAGCUACUUGGACCAGAAGUACGGCCAUGAUAACUACCAUCUGGUUACUGGCCAUUACUCCCGAGUGCUACAGCACUUAGAAUCCAAGGAGUACCACUUACUGCGAGGAUACUACCCACAGAAGGACCAGAGCUAUUAUCUGUCGCAGAUCAACGGCGGAAUCCUGCCCAGGCUGGUGCUCCCGAUGGGCCAUCUGACUAAACCGGAAGUUAGAGACAUGGCUCGCGAGUUGCAACUGCCCACCGCUAACAAGCGGGAUUCCCAGGGGAUAUGCUUCGUUAACAACUCACAGCACAAGAAGUUCAACAAGUUUUUAGAGCACUACCUGACCAACAAACCGGGCAAUGUGAUCACCGUGGAGCCCACAGGCGAGAAGACAGUGUGGGGCACACACAAGGGCCUGUGGUCGUAUACACUGGGCCAGAAGAUUGGUGACGGGAUAUCGCUACCGCAGGCAGACCCACGCUACACAGGGGCCUGGUACGUCAGCGAGAAGAUACCCGCAACCAACGAGAUAGUGAUAGUGCGUGGGCGAGAGAACCCGCAGCUCUACCGCGACAAAUUGCGCAUACAAGACUUCGAAUACCUCGGCGAACCGCAGACCAUACGCAAGGCGAUUACAGAGGCUCUACAAAGAGGAGAACUACGUGCGCGAUACCGCUCCUUGAUGGAACCAGAGCCCCUCAUCAGCAUAAACACCGAUGCCGAUGAGUUCCACCUGCAGUUCCAAAGACCACAGCGCGCGAUGGCGCCAGGCCAGUUCUGCUGCCUGCUCUCCCAGAACCGCAUCCUAGGCAGCGGACCAAUCAUGUAA